GGGAGGAAGUGAGCAAAGAGCGGAGGAAUGCACUUGGAAGUUGAGAGAUUCAGCUGAGAGCUGGGAGCCCAGCGUUAUCUUUCCCAAAAGACAAGGUAGGCCUAGAUAAAGCUGCUGGGUGAAUGAAAACAUGCCCCAUUUUACUGUGGUACCAGUGGACGAUAACUCACACUCCAACUAUGACAGCCUGGAAGGAAUUAACUGUGUGGAUUACAGAGACACAGGGCAAGAUGGGUACCCUGGACAUGGAGACACCGUCAGCUCUGAUGGGCAUGGCAUUCACAAAGAAGAUGUUCCCUUCCUCAACAAUACAGAUUCAGCAGCAAAGAGGAAUGACUACUAUGACAAGAACUUGGCAUUGUUUGAGGAGGAACUGGACAUCCGGCCCAAGGUCUCUUCCCUCCUCAGCCGCCUGGUCAACUAUACGAACAUUACUCAAGGGGCAAAAGAGCAUGAAGAGGCAGAAAGUGCUGAUGCUUCGAAGAGGAAAAUGCCAAAGUCUCCAAACAUGGGCACACUGAUGGGAGUUUACCUGCCGUGUCUGCAGAAUAUAUUCGGCGUGAUCCUUUUCCUGCGUCUCACCUGGAUUGUCGGCACAGCCGGAGUCGUGCAGUCAUUCCUCAUCGUCUUUAUGUGCUGCUCUUGUACAAUGCUCACAGCAAUAUCAAUGAGUGCCAUUGCUACCAACGGCGUUGUUCCAGCUGGUGGAGCAUAUUUUAUGAUUUCACGCUCUCUGGGGCCCGAGUUUGGGGGCGCAGUGGGGCUUUGUUUCUAUCUGGGAACAACCUUCGCUGCUGCUAUGUACAUCCUGGGUGCCAUAGAAAUAUUUCUUAAAUAUCUGGUGCCUCAAGCAGCCAUAUUUCAUGCCACUGAUGUCCAUGCGGAGAACAGCGUCAUGCUGAACAACAUGAGAGUUUAUGGCAGCAUCUGCCUCAGUCUCAUGGCUGUUGUGGUGUUUGUAGGAGUAAAAUAUGUGAACAAGUUUGCCUCACUCUUCCUCGCCUGUGUUAUCAUUUCCAUUGUUUCCAUCUACGCUGGGGCAGUGAAAUCCAUCUUCCAGCCACCAGAGUUUCCGAUUUGUAUGCUGGGGAACAGGACGCUGGUGCGUGAUCUUUUUGAUGUAUGUGCAAAGACAGUACUUGUAGGGAAUGAGACAGUACCCAGUAAGCUGUGGAAGAACUUCUGUAGCUCAGAGAAUGGCAGCAGUUUUCACUGCGAUGAGUACUUUGCCCAGAACAAUGUGACCGAAAUUCAGGGAAUUCCUGGACUGGCCAGUGAUAUUAUCCGAGAGAACAUGUGGGGCGAUUACAUGGAAAAAGGGCAGAUUCUGGAGAAACCUAGCCUGUCCUCUGAAGAUGUCCAUGGUUCUAUGGAGUCCUUCAGAUAUUAUGUAUCUGCAGACAUUGCCACAUGCUUCACCCUCCUUGUGGGAAUAUUUUUUCCCUCAGCUACAGGUAUUAUGGCUGGAUCGAACAGGUCAGGAGAUUUGAGAGAUGCUCAGAAGUCUAUUCCUGUAGGGACAAUAUUGGCCAUCACGACCACCUCCCUUGUCUAUUUCAGUUCAGUGGUCUUGUUCGGGGCAUGUAUUGAAGGAGUGGUUCUCAGAGACAAAUUUGGAGAUGCAGUUAGUAAAAACCUGGUUGUUGGCACACUCUCCUGGCCCUCGCCAUGGGUCAUUGUGAUUGGCUCAUUCUUCUCUACGAUAGGGGCAGGGCUGCAGUCCCUAACUGGAGCGCCCCGUCUCCUGCAAGCCAUCGCCAAAGACAACAUCAUUCCUUUCCUCAGAGUGUUUGGACAUGGUAAAGCCAAUGGGGAGCCUACAUGGGCCUUGCUGCUCACGGCACUCAUAGCCGAGCUGGGCAUUUUAAUCGCAUCACUGGAUAUGGUGGCUCCCAUUCUCUCUAUGUUUUUCUUGAUGUGUUACCUGUUUGUAAAUUUGGCUUGUGCUGUACAAACUCUCCUGAGAACCCCAAACUGGAGGCCGCGGUUCAAAUACUACCACUGGGCCCUGUCUUUCCUAGGAAUGAGUAUGUGUCUGGCUCUAAUGUUCAUCUCGUCCUGGUAUUAUGCCAUCGUAGCCAUGUGCAUCGCUGGCAUGAUCUACAAAUACAUUGAAUACCAAGGAGCGGAGAAGGAAUGGGGAGAUGGGAUCCGGGGUCUGUCACUCAGUGCCGCUCGAUAUGCUCUGCUUCGUUUGGAAGCUGGACCUCCUCACACCAAAAACUGGAGACCACAGUUGCUUGUGCUGCUGAAGCUGGAUGAAGAUUUGCAUGUCAAAUAUCCUAGAAUGCUAACCUUUGCUUCACAACUAAAGGCUGGAAAGGGCCUGACGAUUGUGGGAUCAGUAAUCCAGGGCAAUUUCCUGGACAGUUAUGGGGAAGCUCAGGCCUCGGAACAGGCCAUAAAAAACAUGAUGGAAAUAGAGAGAGUAAAGGGAUUCUGCCAGGUGGUAGUGGCCUCAAAGGUGCGUGAAGGAAUUGCCCAUCUUAUUCAGUCAUGUGGCUUGGGUGGGAUGAAGCACAACACAGUAGUUAUGGGUUGGCCUUAUGGCUGGAGACAAAGUGAGGAUCCUCGAGCAUGGAAAACUUUCAUUAAUACAGUUCGGUGUACCACAGCUGCCCACCUGGCACUGAUGGUGCCAAAGAAUGUGUCGUUCUACCCCAGCAACCAUGAGCGCUUCACUGAUGGACACAUCGACGUGUGGUGGAUAGUACAUGAUGGAGGAAUGCUCAUGCUGCUGCCCUUCCUUCUCAAACAGCACAAGGUAUGGCGCAAGUGUAAGAUGCGUAUUUUCACUGUGGCCCAGAUGGAUGAUAACAGUAUUCAGAUGAAGAAGGAUCUGGCAACCUUCCUAUACCAGCUCAGAUUAGAAGCAGAGGUGGAGGUGGUGGAAAUGCAUGAUAGUGACAUAUCUGCAUACACCUAUGAGAGGACACUAAUGAUGGAGCAGAGGUCUCAGAUGCUUAGGCAGAUGAGACUUUCCACAGCUGAGAGGAACAGAGAGGCCCAGCUAGUGAAGGACAGACACUCAUUGGUGCGAAUGGGCAGUUUGUAUUCCGAUGAAGAAGAGGAGACUCUAGAUAUAGUGCCUGAGAAGAUCCAGAUGACAUGGACAAAAGAUAAGCUGGACACAGAGAGACGAAACCGCAACAACGCUCCAGAGAACUUCAGAGAACUUAUUAGUCUUAAACCAGAUCAAUCUAAUGUGAGACGGAUGCACACAGCAGUGAAGCUCAAUGAAGUCAUUGUGAACAAGUCACAUGAUGCCAGGCUGGUGCUGCUCAACAUGCCUGGGCCUCCUCGCAAUCCUGAUGGCGAUGAGAACUAUAUGGAGUUCCUGGAAGUGUUGACAGAAGGUCUUGAGAGAGUGCUGCUUGUAAGGGGUGGAGGUCGUGAGGUCAUCACCAUCUACUCAUAACUUACGACGUUGCCAGAUUUGGCCUAGAAAGGCUAAUUGGGGACAGAAUAACAGACAUUAUCUGAAUAUGUAUUUAGAUAUAAAACAUCUUUUUUUUAAUGCAGGAAAAAAGUGAGAUACAUUAGUGAGAUAAAUUUAUAUCUCAUAUACAGAAUUUCAGUUGUGAUCCAUUCUAAAUGAAUGCACCCAUAUGGCACUCAUUCUCUGGCUUCAGCCUUACAAGUAUUCAAAUGAACACACACUCACACACACAAUGUAUUAAGCAAUUGCAGACAUGGCACAUGCCUGGAAACUAUCAAAAGCUGCACUAAAGUGUAUUUCAGCUGAUAAGAAACUAAACCGAAAGACAGACGCCAGCUUAUCUGCUUCUCAUUAGAAACAGAAAUACCAUGUUAAACCAUUUGUGGUUAAAUACUGUAGGCCGGACAGUAAACAGGAAGGUUUAUCAGUCUGCACAUAGAAUUAAAACUGCAACUACAUAAAUCUGCUGUUUUAAGAAAUGUUAAGCUAAUUUGGAACAGCUGCAGACACAUCAGUACAUGUGUUUCUAUAAGUUUUUUAUACAGAGCUUCAGUCCAAACAGAAAUUUUACUUGGAGUAGUUUUUAUUUUAUUUAUUUCCUUAUUUAUUUGCUUUUACUCCCCAUUGGCUUGAGAGCACCAGGUUGUAGAUAAUGAUCAAAGAAAGAGCAUUGAGUUUAUUCAUGAUUUUGGAUGAAAACAUGAAAUGAUUUUAUAACUUAUGACUUUUUUGUACUGGACUUUUGAACGUUUCAAAGAAAUAUAAUGUUAAACCUUGUAAAUUAAAA